GGGAAUUGCCGCUGUGUACCGGAUCUGAUCUCCAAAUCACCUGAAACCGGCGCACACCGGUUUUAUGUAGUACCCAUUCGCCCCAGAUCAGCGGAUCCGCGCCGCCCCGCCCCGGGCGGUACCGCAUGGUCACCCCCAACCGGCCGCAAAGCACGCUGGGACUUCCUUUCUUUCCCAGGCCAUAUUGGAGCGACGUACUUAAAGACCAGAACGGAGUAAAUCACAGCGAUGGUUGCCGCUAAGAAGACGAAAAAGUCCCUGGAGUCCAUCAACUCCCGUCUCCAGCUGGUGAUGAAAAGCGGUAAAUAUGUUCUGGGAUACAAGCAGUCCCAGAAGAUGAUCCGCCAGGGUAAAGCCAAGCUGGUCAUCCUGGCCAACAACACACCUGCCCUCAGGAAGUCUGAAGUGGAGUACUAUGCCAUGUUGGCCAAGACUGGCGUCCAUCACUACAGUGGGAACAACAUCGAGCUGGGCACGGCCUGCGGAAAGUACUUCCGGGUGUGCACACUGGCUAUCAUCGACCCCGGUGAUUCUGACAUCAUCAGGAGUAUGCCAGACCAGCCGCAGGGGGAGAAGUAGACAUUUCACUCUAAAUGUUACAAAUAAACUUGGUUGAAAUGGUG